AUGAUUGAGAAAUGUGUUAAGUGUAUCAAUAAAUCAAAUGCUAAGGAGCUAGCUUGUUUGCUUGGGUUAAAUUGUAGUAUAGAAGAUACUACAAAUUUGAAUGAGGAAAUAGACGUGAAUAGUUUAACUAAGAAAGGAGCUACUUUACUACAUUUAGCCUGUGAAAAACAGGAUCAAGAAUGUUUAAAAGUUCUACUUUCUCAUCCCUAUAUUAAUAUCAAUAUUAUAGACCCUUUAACUGGUUGGACUCCCUUAAUAACUUUAAUUAACUCAGGAGGAGAUAGAGAUUGCUUGGAUAUACUGCUUGAAAAAAAACCGAAUUUAUUACUCUGUGAUAAAUUCCUAGAAAAUUCACCUUUACAUUGGGCUGCAAAACUAGAGCUACCUCAUGUAAUAUAUCGUUUAGUUAAAAGUGGAGCAUCAAUUAAUUAUGUAAGUAGAUAUUCAGGCCUCACUCCAUUACAUGUAUCUAUUAUAGAUGGUUGUGAAGAAUCUGCAAGUGAAUUAAUAUCAUUAUCAGCUGACCCUAUGAUAAGAGAUGAUGACUACGAGGGAUAUACAGCUUUGCAUUUAGCUGUAAUUAAUAAUUUACCCAACAUAGCUAUCAAUAUAUUAGAAUCAAAAUCUUCAAUAGAUACAAAUAACUGUAUUGACAAUUCUGGAAAUACUCCUUUACACUUAGCUUAUAGUCAAGGAUUGGUUGCAUUAGCAAAUAGAUUAGAAAAUUAUGGAUUUGAUAAUACACGUGAAAAUGUAAAUGGUGAAACUCCAAUAGACUUGUACAACAAGUGGUUACAAACAAAUAAAUUAGAUAAGCAAAUUAUACAGGAAUCCAAACGAGGUAUAAAGGAAACAAGGAAUAAGAAACAUCACAUAGGUAUAGAUGAAAUAAUCGAAACUCCAGUUUCUCAAUUCUUUAUUAAAUAUGGUUUAGCAGAAAAAAAUACAUCAGAAAAAGAUAACAAGAAGAACAUUUGUAAAGGUGAAUUUUUAUUUAAGCUAUUUUAUAAAGCAGGAUAUACUGAAGUAGAUAAUAAAUUUGUAGAGUUGACUGAUUUAUAUAUUGCAAAGAUAGGAGUUAAAGAUGCAGCAGUUAGAUCAAAUAUACUUAGAGCUAUACAGCAAGAACUUAAAUAUAAUCAAGAACAAUUAGAGAAAUUAUUACAAGAAAAAGCGAAGUAUAAAAGAAAAAAAACUGCAAUUUACAUAAUAAUUGGAUUAUUGUCAUGUAUUGUUAUUUUCUAUAUUACAUAUAUUUUUCUACAAGCAGUAGUAGAUAAACAGAGCAAUUUACCGAGAGGUAGCAGAAGUACUACAAGGAACAAGAAAUCACACUCUUAUUAUGCUAAAAGGAAGGCACAAUUUGAUCUUUAA